UUUCCUGUAUACACAUGUUCGUGUUGCAGGUACGAGACCUUGGACUCGGUUACGACUCGGAUGAAACGGUGUUGUUUAAGUACUGCAGUGGCGUGUGCCCGCGUGUGCCGUCCAACCACGACCUCACCCUCACCAAUCUGCGCUUGAGCGGCGCUCUGCCCCCUGCUGAGACCUGGCAUCCCACGCCAUGCUGCCGCCCCAUUCGCCACGAGGACAUGGCCUUCCUCGACAACACACACCGCUGGCACAAAGUCGAGAAGCUCUCCGCCUCUGCCUGCUCCUGCGUCGGCUGA